AUGAAGUUGUGUGUAAUGGUCUUGGUGGUGCUUUCAUGUUUUCUUCCAUUCGGUGGGGUGUUUUCAGCAAAUGAUUCAACGGGUUCUGAUGUUGUGAACAUUGGAGCCAUUUUUGCAUUCAGCACUAUUAACGGGAGGGUUGCGAAAAUCGCAAUGAAUGCUGCCGUUGAAGAUGUCAACUCUGAUCCUAAAUUUCUUGGUGGGAGAAAAUUAAACCUCUCCUCAUAUGAUUCGAAUUACAGUGGCUUUCUUAGCAUUAUUGGAGGAUUGAGGUUCAUGGAGACCGACACAGUGGCAAUCAUCGGGCCCCAGGUCUCAGGCACGGCCCACAUCCUCUCCCACCUAGCAAACGAGCUACACGUGCCAAUGCUUUCGUUCACGGCCCUUGACCCCACCCUCUCCUCCCUUCAGUUCCCCUACUUCAUCCAGACGGCCCCCAAUGAUCUCCAGCAGAUGACGGCCAUAGCCGACCUUGUGAGCUUCUUGGGCUUCAAGGAAGUCGUGGUCAUCUACACAGACGAUGACCAGAGCCGGGGCACCAUAUCUGCCUUGAGCGACGAGCUAGCCGGGAGGCGCUGCAAAAUCUCCCACAAGGCCGUUCUCUCGCCCGAGACCCUGGCCAGUAGUUCCGAGAUCAUGGCCGAGCUUGUGAAAGUCUCGAUGGUCGAGUCUCGUGUGAUCGUGGUCCACGCGUAUGCUGUUGUUGGGCUCCGGGUCUUGGGCUUGGCCCACGAGCUGCGGAUGAUGUCACGGGGCUAUGUAUGGAUCGCGACAGCCUGGCUCUCGACCGUGAUCGAGUCGGACCCCACUUUUGGACAGAAGGAUGCGGGAUUCAUGCAGGGGGUUAUUGCUUUGCGGCCCCACACGCCGGAUUCCAAGCGUAAAAGGUCGUUUGUGUCUAAAUGGGGAAAAUUGAGCAACGGGUCGAUUGGGCUGACCGCGUAUGGCUUUUACGCGUACGAUACGGUUUGGACGAUUGCGAAUGCGGUUAAGUUGUUUCUCGAGCAUGGUGGGAAUAUCUCGUUCACGAACAGACCGAAUUUGUACGGGUUGGGGAGGGGAAAGUUGAAUCUUGCUGCCUUGAGCAGGUUUGAUGGGGGGAGUCGGGUUCUUGAAUACAUACUGAGGACGAACAGGACGGGCUUGACGGGCCGGGUCGCGUUCAAUGAAGAUAAAUCUGUGGUCCAGCCCGCUUUUGAUAUUCUGAAUGUGGUUGGGAAGGGUUACAGACAGGUUGGAUACUGGUCGAACUAUUCUGGCCUCUCGGUUAUGCCUCCAGAGUUUUUUUAUGACAAGAAGGCUAACCGGUCGAGCUCUAGCCAAGUUCUUGGAGAAAUUGUAUGGCCUGGUCAAACGAAGGUUAAACCGAGGGGGUGGGUCAACGGCUUCUCCACUUCCACCAUCUCAAUGCUCGAUCAUGCUGAAUUGGAUAUGGCCUAA